AUGAAUAAAGAAGAUUGUAUAAAAAUUUUGAAUGAUCAAACCAUACAAGUUAACAAAGAAGAUCACACAAUUAUGAACCCACUGAGAUGGUGUAUAAGCAAGAACUUUGUGGGAGAGAAGGUGGAGCUUGUGGGAUAUACCAUCCCACAUCCUUCCGACGAUGUUUCUAAUAUAACCAUUCAGUUUUCUUCAGAGUCCUCGCAGACACCUCCGAACCUCCUCAAAAAGAUGAUUGAAGGCUUGGAAUGCAUGGAGGCCAUUGGGAACAAGAUGUUAAGCGAGAUAGAGAAGUUCAAGAGUUGA